AACGCGUCCAAACUUCUCCGCAUUGUGGGGAAGCUUACCGGUACCCUAACAUGAAACACCUCCCCCAUCGAUCCAUAAUCCACAAUCCCCAACGUAGGUUGACUAGGUUGUACAAGUCGCUUACCCGCCCAACAUCUGUGCACGACGCUUGAUUUUGCUUCAAGGUUACCUCACUAUGCCGCCUCUACCAUCACCAGCAUACGUUAAUGCAGAAUACCAAUCCACACAUUACAACCUCUUCAAAGACUCUAUCACAACACCGCUCAAAAGCACUUUACCCCCGGGAGUUACACAAUAUGCAUUCGACGCAGCAAUUAUACAACUCAUGGCAGUAGUAGGGCAUAAACAGGUACUCCAAGGUGAUGCGCUGACAGAAUACAUUGAUCCUUAUGAACUAUGGGAGGCAGAAGGCAAGCGCAAGAUGCCGAGCGCUGCAGUGAGACCCGGGAAUCUAGAAGAACUCAAACGCGUACUUGCCAUUUCAAACGAAUAUGGGAUCCCGCUUUGGACGUUUUCGAGAGGGAAAAACCUCGGAUAUGGCGGCCCGGCACCCCGUGUCAAUGGCUCUAUAGCCCUAGACCUCCACCGUAUGAACCAAAUUAUCGAAGUCAACGCAGAGUACGCCUAUGCUGUCGUUGAGCCUGGCGUCACUUUCACCGAGCUGUACGACUAUUGUGUCGCGCAUAAGCUCAAAGUCUGGCCUUCCGUGCCGUCACUGGGAUGGGGCUCCGUAAUCGGGAAUACCUUGGACCGUGGAACAGGCUUCACGCCCACGGCAACGCAUCACCAGCACAUUUGUGGGAUUGAAGUCAUGCUUGCCAACGGCGAGCUUGUACGUACGGGUCAAUUUGCCGUCUCCGAGUCGCCAUCGUCGCAUCUUUCCAAGUUCACAUUUGGACCAAGUAUCGAGGGUUUGUUCCUACAGUCAAAUUUAGGAAUCGUUUGCAAGUUAGGGAUAUGGCUUACGCCAGCACCGCAGGCUUUUAUGUCUUGCACGUUUGACAUGCCUGAUUUCGAAGACGUGGAGACCAUCGUCAACGUCUUCGGUCCGCUACGUCGGGAUGGUUUACUGCCCAACACUGUGUAUGUGUCAAAUUUGGUCGAGUGGUUGGGGAUGAUGGGGAAACGAGAAGAGAUAUGGCCGGAAGGAGGCGCCAUACCGGAAUGGCGCUUGAAGGAACUCCAGGCGCAACUUAACCUCGGGUACUGGAACGCCAAAUUCGGACUGUACGGGGCAAAACAGGUGGUCCAGGCACAUUUCAAAGAGCUGAAGAGAAUUGUGGCUAUGCAGGCGCCAAAAGGACGCUUGAGUGGGGAGAUGUUUUCAGCCGACAAUGGGGACACGUUGGAUCCAGCGAGUGUUGGUGAGCCCCAUGGAGGAUUCUUCGUCGGCGUACCGAGCUUGUGGAGCUUGCCGAUGGUGAAGUUCAGAUUGCCUAAGGAAGGUGGGGGGAUUGGGGCACACUACGAUUAUAGUCCCAUCAUUCCUUCAAACGGCGGCACUGUGUUGGAUUGGGUCAGGGCUUCAAAGAGGGUAUGCGAGGCUGAGGGCUUUGAUCUGUUCUGCGAUUUCUUCAUGCACGAGCGUCAUGUUAUCUUCGUCAACAUGAUGACUUUUGACAAGACCAACGUCGACCAUCGUCGAGCAGUGCAGACCAUCUUCAUGAAUCUGUUUGAAGAGGGCAGGAGGAGAGGCUUCAGCAAAUAUAGAAGCCACAUCAACACCAUGGACCUUGUUGCUUCGUUGUACGACUUCAACGAUCAUGCAUACCGAAGAUUUGUAGAGACUAUCAAGGAUGCUCUCGAUCCUAACGGUAUUCUGUCGCCCGGUAAACAGGGAAUCUGGCCGAAGCGCUUUCGCGAGAAUGCCAAAUUGAAAGCACAGCUGUAGAUUGCUGUCCUAGGUUACACAGCCGAGGGGCACCGCAUGGUGGCUUUGUGUCACACGAUCCGAU